AUGUACUUGACCAACAAGAAAUUCAACUAUACAUUCUCGCACUUGCAGGCUGAUAAAGUGGCGCUAUUCGGCAUGUCAAAUCUGGGCGUGCGCGUGACGCCUAAGGACAAGGCUUCGGUUGUCAUCCCUCGAAUCAAACGCAACACAACAGAGAUGUACACUACUUCACGCUGGACUCCGGUAGUGAAGGACAUUGGCGAGGGGUUGCUUAUUGGCAAGUAUGAUAAGAGUGUGAUUGCCUGGACAAAGGGAGAACCUCCAGUCAGCGGCACUACGUCGAGUGCUGGCGGUCCCGUUUCGGCCAGAAGCAAACCGGGAUGGGCCAAGGCUAAGGACAAGAAAGACAAGACAGACAAGAAGAACGUGGCAACCUCUGAUGGGUUUGCUGGGCCUCGUCUGAUCAUCUACGUGAUUGGUGGCAUGAGUUACAGUGAAAUCCGUGCCGUCUACGAACUGACGAAGAAAUUCAACCGCAGCGUACUCAUUGGAUCAGACCAGCGUAUGAUUCCGGCAUUAUUCCUGGAAAACAUGCGCCUACUAGGCAAGCCAGCCACAGCGGCCGAGGUGGCCUUGGGCGCAAAUAAGUAGACGACGGCUCACGCACGCAUCCUACUACUUACAUAUUAGUUCCUAAGCCAGCUAUACAUAGUAAAUUGCAUAUAUCGACCCUCGCAGGCGUGGCUGAUUCAGCAACAAAUGAAUGAAUGUGGUUAUCGGCUUUCGAAGUCAUAAUGUAUUAGUGCAAGUAUAGACACAUUGACAGAAUGGCUCAAAUAGACACAUUGACAGAAUGGCUCAAAUGGGCCCUUGUAAACUUGGUUUAAAAAACGUACAUAUAAAUCUUCAGUCAUGGUGUAUUAUAGAACUGAAGUCACGUUUAUGUAUGGGAUCGUCGCAGGACUACAUAUUAACGGGUGCAAAUCUUGAACGCGAAUGCUAGAGCAGUGACGCAUUUUGAAUGAUGCCGAUAAAAUUAAAUAGCGUAGUAUCC